CCGCCGGGAUGUCCCCUCUCUUACGCGCAGAUGCUAGAUAAGAAGAAGGGGUGAGGAGCGGGCUAGAAGCGCCCGAACCCUGGGGGAACAGACUCUUCCGAGGGCUGCGGACUGAGCAAGGGUGGAGCUAGGCGUCGUGCGGUGCGGUGUGGUGCGGUGCGCCCGCUCUUUCCUCUUCUAGGUCCGAGCUACCUGAACGCGUCUCCGCUGCGUCCCUCAGACCGGCGGCGCUCAGCCCGGUGCCCCCGGCCCCUGCCAGCCCGCCUCCCGGGCACCUUCGGGCACCAUGGUUCAUUUCUUGUCGUCCGAGGUCCGCCAGCUGCUGCACAACAAGUUUGUGGUGGUCCUGGGGGACUCCAUCCAGAGGGCGGUCUACAAGGACCUGGUCCUGCUGUUGCAGAAGGACUCCCUGCUUACCGAAGCCCAGCUCAAGGCUAAGGGGGAGCUGAGCUUCGAGCAGGACCGCCUGGUGGCCGGGGGACAGCUGGGGGAGCUUCACAAUGGGACCCAUUAUCGAGAGGUCCGCCAGUUCCUGUCCAGUUCAGGUCACCACCUCUUGCGAUUCUAUUUCCUCACCCGAGUCUACUCGACUUAUGUGGAGUCUGUCCUGGCCGAGUUACAGCACGGGCCACCUCCUGACCUGGUCAUCAUCAACUCCUGUCUCUGGGACCUGUCCAGGUAUGGUGGUGACGCCAUCAGAAGUUACCAGGAAAACUUGGAAUGCUUAUUUGAAAGGAUGGAAGAGGUCCUGCCCGCCUCCUGCCUCCUGGUAUGGACUCUGGCAAUGCCACUGGGCGAGCGCCUCACGGGAGGCUUUCUGCUGCCCGAGCUACAGCCCAUGACGGGCUCCCUCCGUGCGGACGUGCUGGAGGCAAACUUCUACUGUUCCAUGUUGGCUGAUGGGCACCGAUUCGAUGUGCUCGACCUGCAUUUCCACUUCCGGCAUGCGGUUCGGCACCGGCGUUUGGACGGCAUACACUGGGACCAGCAUGCCCAUCGCCACGUCUCCCAGCUGCUGCUGGCCCAUGUGGCUGAGGCCUGGGGGGUGGAGGCUCCCCGCAGGAGCACCCCACUUGGGGAGUGGAAUGAGGAGCGAUUAUCCCUAGAACGCAGGUCCAAGGGGCCUAUGAAGAAUUGGAGGCAUCCCGCCCAUCUCUCUGAGGGGACUUUGCCACACUGGAGACAUGUAGCCCAGGCAGCUGAAGAGCCCCCUUCUUGGAAUUGUUCUUCGCUGGCGUCCCUGGAGUGGUCCUUCUUGGAACAGCCAGUGAUGGGGAAUGAGGAGCCUGCAUCCUGGAGAUGUUCAUCUCAGAGGACUAAGAGGUCUCUUUCCUUUGAGCCAGUAGCCCAAGACAUUGAUGGUCCUUUGUCCUGGCUGAAUAGGCAGCUCCAGCCCCAGCUCCUGCCUUUGCCCCCACCCCCGCCUCCCCCCUUACCCUUGGCCCCGCCUCCCCCCCUUCCCCCACCGCCACCCCCAACCCUGCCCUUCCACCUUCAAUUACCCCUACCCUUCCCUUCAUCCCAAGUCCUCCCUCAAGACAGCUGCUUCUUCUCGGAUAAUCCCGUCCUGCCUGGCUACUUCCCCCUGAACUAUACAGCCUUCGGUGAUCCCUUGCCUCCUCCUGCUAUGCUGGACUCCACGUCGGCUCCCUGGCCUCCUGCCCCAGCUCUUCCUCACUACGGACAGAGCCGCCACAAUCUGGUAAUGCGCCGUCCCCAGCGCCACGUGUCCAACGGCCCCUACAGCCGCUCCAGGGAGGGAGGAUUCAGUCGGCAGUGGCCCCGGCCUGGCCAGACACAUUGAGCGGCCUCCUCCCUGCCCAGGGAAGUGUGACCGGACACACUGGCUGGGCCGCGGGCACACUGCCCUUCCUUGGACGUGGCCAGAUGGACUGGUCCUCAUGAAUCUGUCUCCUGUUUUUUCCAAUAAAGAUGUGACAUUCUUCUGGGGCAGAAGAACCUGUUUCUGGCAUUCGGCCCUCAUCCCCUUCCCACAGCCUCCAUCAUUCCAUGUUUCUCAUACCUCAGACCAAAUAAUUUCUAGCUAGAGGCAGUGGGGCCCAGUGGUAGGCUUCGGUCAGCUUUGUGACUCUGGCUGAGUCCUCUAACCCUAGUUUCCUCAACUGUAAAAUGGGUUUAAAAGUGUACCUCAAAGGGUUCACAAAGCUCUUAGCACUGUGCCUGGAAAGCAGUAGGUGCUCCAUAAAUGGUUUUUUCCUUCCCCCUGUCUGUCCGAGGAACUGGCAUGGGUCUAAGCCACAGACUGACCUCUGCCGGGCAUGGGGCUGGGCAGUGACCUUUCCUGGCCACAGCUGGAAAGACUGACGCUAAUGGGUUUGGGCACAGCUGGAUGGAUGGCCAGGUGCUCUGGAGGACUGUUUACACCAACUUCUAGAGGAGUGCGCUUGUGAACAAAAUCACAGUGCUUUGAAAUAUUCCAGUGCAACCCAUUUUAAUUAAGUUCCUAAUACAGUUCAAGUGCCUUCAUCAUGGUUUGGGGAACACAUCCAUAAAAUGGUGAAGCAGGGAAGCCCAGACCCUCCCACUCGAGAUAAUAGCCCUUUUCUCUAAUACACUGGCCCCAUCAUAAUUGUGUAAGAGAAAUUCCCCCAAUGGAUUUCUGAUUUUCACAAACCCAACACAGGGUGCAGGUACAUCUCUUUAGCAUCUUGUCAAAUCAAACCGAAGUGACCUGGGCUACUUUCCAAUAAAUGGUUGAAAAGACAGCCACCCCUCUGCUUAGCCCCCUGGACAGUCUGGCCCUCCCCUCUUCCUCUCCCAGCUGGCUCGAGUUUUGACUGCCUGCAGUUUGUCUGUGUUUAUCAAACAAAUUCUGGUUAUUGGCCAAGGCCUUGUAGAUGUAAAAUGAGAUCUGGGCAUGGCGGUUUGGGGGACCCCGCUUCUGACCACCCAGUUCCCCCCUAGGCUGCAGACCAGCAAGUCACAGUUCAGCGAGACUCCUGGGCUUCAGUUUUUCUUCAUGGGGGGAAAUGACAACCAGAGGGCCUUUGUGGGGCCAAGAACUAAGACUACCUUUUACAAUUUUACACCAAUAAAACCUCACAUGUAAAAGUCUUUUAUAGAUGGUUGUGGAAAAACAGGCCUUAGUUUGCUGCCCCUCUGAAAUGGGAAAUUUGUGCCUCUGCUCUGUGUGAUUCUGAGGCCUUCCUCCUCCCUCCCCCAAGUCCACAUUCUUUUCCAUCUCCUUAUCUGCCCCAGGGGCAGUCUUGGGAGGAGCAGACCUUUGAGUUUCCUGAUAGGAACAAUCAGAAGAUACCCCCAAGACUCAGAUAUGCCACCCCAGCCUGGGGAGGGAGUUUGGUUCCCUGCCCCCUAGGCCACUCCUUGGAAUGUUUGGUCUGGGCCAAGUCUUUUCCCCUGGUUGUUCAGUUUUCCACUGCUGGGUUCUAGUUCCAGCCCUGCUUCCUUCUCCCCCGGAUCUUUUCUGGGUGGGCCUCCUCCACAAAAAGAGAUAAAGGACAAAGCAUUUGCCAAGUGCCUACUGAAGUCCUGGGCACCCAAGCCACAAAGAAAAGUCUGGCAAUUCCUGGAGCUCCCUGGCUCAUUGGGGUGCAGUACCUGGAUUCUGAUCUGGGAAAUGACCGGGAUGGAGGAGUGAGCCCUGGGGUUUCACACCCUUUGAAGAAGCAAAAGAUAGGAAGCUAAUUAAGUGAGCUUGAAGUGAGGUAAACUAAGUCAUUGAUCCAUUGGUUAUGCUAUUAAUCAGAAACCUGCUUCCUCUUGUAGAAAGCAAACACCAGGAAUGUGCUUUCUCAUGGGAAAGUCAGUCGGCCCUGGGACCAGUGUCCAAAACAACAUAUGGUCAGUGUACAUGAGGAAAUGACCCCUCACUAACAAGGAAGAAUUAAAUCCAGUGUAAGUUAAGGUAUACAGUAUGAAACAUCUUAUACUCAAAUGAUAACGGCCCAUCUGGCUUCUGUAAAAUAAGGCUUGCUUGGCCAGGUCAUUUUGCCCCAGUCGUUAGGCCCAUAUCUCAUUAAUGGCAUUGUUUAAAGCAAAAUCAUCCGUGAUAUUGUUUAAGCUUACAUUGUAUCUUGCACGUAUGUAACCCUAUAAAAACUGCCUGUAACUUCAGUUUGGUCCUGGCCAGUAGCUUCAUCUAUUAAUCAAUAGAUUAAUAAAUAAAUAUUGGUUCUGUUUAAUUGAA